AUGCUGCGAUACCUGCUGAAGACGCUGCUGCAGAUGAACCUGUUCGCGGACACGCUGGGAGUCGAUGGCUCCAACUCCUCAGAGCUCCUGCUCGGCAUCAACCGCACCAUCGCCUCUCUGCACCUCCCCGGGCUCGACCCCGGCAAUGGGUCGCACCCGCAGCUGGAGGACUCCGCUCCCCGCAUCGUGGAGCACCCCACGGACGUGCUGGUGUCGCGGGGGGACCCGGCCACGCUGAGCUGCAAGGCCGAGGGCCGCCCGCCGCCUGCCGUCGAGUGGUACAAGGACGGGGAGCGGGUGGAGACGGACCGGGAGGAGCCGCGUUCGCACCGGUCGCUGCUGCCGGGGGGGUCCCUGUUCUUCCUGCGGGUCCUGCACGGCCGGAGGGGGAGGCACGAUGAGGGUGUCUAUGUGUGCGUGGCCAGGAACCACCUGGGGCAGGCCACCAGCAGGAACGCGUCGCUGCAUGUGGCUGUGCUGCGGGACGAGUUCCGGCAGCCCCCCGGGGAUGUGGUGGUGGCAGCGGGGGAACCGGCAGUGCUGGAGUGUGUCCCACCCCGUGGGCACCCGGAGCCCAGUGUGUCCUGGAAGAAGAAUGGAGCCCGGCUGAGUGCCACGGAUGAGCGCCUGACGCUCCGCGGUGGGAAGCUGAUGUUGGCCAACACCCGCAAGAGUGACGCUGGCGUCUACGUCUGCGUGGCCACCAAUGUGGUGGGGGAGAAGGACAGCGAGCCGGCAGAGCUGGUGGUGCUCGAGCGCCCAGUGUUCGGCCGGAGACCCCUGAACCAGGCGGUGCUGGUGGAGGGGACGGUGGAGUUCCCAUGCGAGGCAUUGGGGGACCCGCAGCCCUCGGCGCGGUGGCGCAAGGAGGAGGGUGAGAUGCCAACAGGGAGGUGGGAAGUGCUUCCUGACAACACCCUGCGGAUCGUGUGGCUGCGCCCGGAGGAUGAGGGCACCUACACCUGCGUGGCUGACAACAGCGUGGGGCACUCCGAGGCCUCGGGCACCCUCAUGGUGCAUGUGCCCCCCCAGCUUGUCACCGGGCCCCGUGACCAGAUCGUCCCCAUUGGCCACAGCGUCACCUUCCAGUGCCAGAGCAGGGGUAACCCACCGCCCGCGGUGUUCUGGCAGAAGGAGGGCAGCCAGACCCUGCUGUUCCCUGGCCAGUCCCCACAUCCCAGCGGCCGCUUUGCAGUGAGUCCUGGUGGUUCCAUGACCAUCUUGGACGUGCAACGUUCUGACUCUGGGCAUUACCUGUGCCAGGCCAUCAGUGUGGCUGGCAGCAUCCUGGCCAAGGCACGCUUGGAUGUGGAAGAAGCACCAGUGAUCCAAUGGGGUCCCACAAACCACACAGUGCUGCCAGCAGGGGCCACGGUGCGGUUACCAUGCCCAGUGUGGGGUGGUGGCGACCCUGUGGCCAAUGUGGGGUGGCUGAAGGAUGGGAAUGUCCUGGUGGGUGCUGAGCCCCGUGCCAGCCUGCAGGAGAACGGCUCCCUGCGGAUCACAGGCCUCCGGGUGAUGGACUCGGGACACUAUGAGUGCGUGGCCACCAGCCCGGUGGGUGACACACGCUGGGGCAUCACACUGGAAGUGCACGGUGCCAGGCCCGACCUGUCCCCACCUUCCUCUGUGCCGGGGGUCCUCCCUGGGCCACCCUCCACCCCUGUGGUCACCAAUGUCACCAAGAACAGUGUCACCCUCAGCUGGAGAGGGAACGAGGACAGCACUGCCACCGGUGUCACCUCCUACAUAGUGGAGGCUUUCAGCCAGGAGGAGGGUGGCCCAUGGCGGACAGUGGCAGCUGAGGUGGCAGGUGAGAGCCACACUGUGAGUGGCCUCGUCCCCAACACCGUCUACAUCUUCCUGGUGCGGGCGGUCAAUGCCUAUGGGAUCAGUGACCCCAGCGGUGCCUCGGAGCCCGUGUGCACCCAAGACCCCAGCACCCCUCAGCCUGGGCUGGACCCCCAGAAGGUGCAGCAGGACCUGGCACGAGUGUCCGUGCACCUCCAGGAGCCUGAGGUGCUUCCCCUGGGUGCCGUCCGCCUCUCCUGGACUGUGCAGCACCAGGCACCCUUCCUGCAGGGGUACCGGGUGCUGCUGCGGUGCCGCGGUGGGCGCUGGGAGGAUGCUCGGGUGCUGCUGGCACCAGGGGACCGUGGGGUGCUGCUCACUGACCUGCGCCGUGGGCAGCACUACGAGGUCAAGGUGCAGCCCUUCUUCCAACACCUCUAUGGGCCAGAGAGCGCAGUGCGAGCCCUGAGCACCCCCGAGGCAGCACCCAGUGCCCCUCCGCAAGGUGUCACUGUGACUGGUAACGGCACCAGUGUCCGCAUCUCGUGGCAGCCACCUCCACUGGCCGAGCAGAAUGGGGUCAUCCGGGACUAUAGGAUCUGGUGCCUGGCCAACGAGAGCCGCUUCCACAUCAACCAGAGCGUGGAGGGUUCGGUGCUGGUGGCCAUGCUGCAGGGCCUGGUCCCCGGUGUCCUGUACCAUGCUGAGGUUGCUGCCGCCACCAGCGCUGGGGUGGGUGCCCGCAGUGUCCCCAUCCCCAUCCGUGUUGCGCUCCCAGUGCAGUGGGACAUGGGAAUGGCAGGUGGGAGCAGUGUGGCUGGGCGCUUGGCUGCAGUGGCCCGGCAGCCGGUGUUCAUUGCUGGUGUUGGUGGCACGUGUUGGCUCAUCCUGGCCGCGGUCGCCGCGUGGCUCUACAGCCGCCGCCGGAGGAAGAAGGAGCUCAGCCACUUCACGACAUCCUUUGCCUACGCACCCAAUGGGAAGCCCAUGGGGACGCGGCGUGGUGCUCAGCCAUCCUCAUCCCAACCUCUUCCCGCAGUCGCCUUCCCAGCUCCGGCACACAGGGCAGCCACAGCUGGUGGUUAUCCAUGGCUGGCAGACACAUGGAGUGGUGGUGGCAACAGUUGCUUGAGGACCAAUGAGAGAUACUACAAUGAUGCUGGUAUCACCCGUUACAUCACCCAGACGGAGCAAUUUGGGGUUGGGCCCACUGAGGGACCUGUCUACAGCACCAUUGAUGCUGGCGGCGAGGAGCUUCACACCUUCCCUCGUCCCUUCUCCCACCAUGGGACCUCCUACCCCCAGUCGAUGGAUGCCCCCCCAGCAUCCUUCCUCACCACAGGGACCAAAGGGAAGAAGCUGGGGCAAGCGGUGAAGCCACCGGCCAUAAGCUGGACGGAGCUGCUGCCACCACCCCCCUCUGCCAGUGAGCUCAGCCGCUGUGCCCAGGAGGAGCAGGAGGAGGAGGAGGAGGAUGAAGAAGCAUCUGGAAGGUUGGGGAUGGAGGGCUGGUAUGGUGCUGAGGAUGUCGCCUGUGCCACUGCUGCAUCCUCACCCACCGCAUCCUCUGGCUGCCGGUCCACUGCCACCCUGACACCAUCUCCCCACACCACUGAGGACAUCCCCCGCCUCCGAGACAUCGACAGCCCCUGGAGACCCCCCCAUGGCACCGGCACCCCCCCACCAGCACCCAGCCCCCUGCCAAGUCCAGACAUGGGUGACGUCCCCCUGUCCCGUGCCCGCUGCCCCCCCAGCACUGGGAGAACCCGUGGGGACGCCCCAAAACGUCACCUGAAGCCCAAAUGCAGCCGCUACCGCCGGGAAAAGCAGCAGGGAGACCUGCCGCCACCACCGGUGCCACCACCAGGUGAGACCCCCAGGCCUUCAGCAGAGAGGGAGCUGACCGGGGCUGAGCGCAAGGUCACCCAUCGUGGUAAGCUGGAGCCACCAACCAUGUCCCCAAGAGGUUAUGGUGCCACCACCAACCCCCAACCUUGUCCCUCCCAUGCAGAUGAGGUUGUCCCCUACAGCAAACCCUCCUGCUCCACCACCGGCAGUGUCUCAUCCCGCGGCUCCACCAGCUCCCGUGGCCACGGCUCGGGGCACAGCAGGACACCAGGGGAACGUGGGGAAGGGACCGGCCACCGCCGCCGGCCAGGUCCCCACUUCCCAGCACAGGAGAAGAGAUGA